CGCUGCACUUCUAGAUUGACUAAGCUACAAGCAGGAAGGAUUAGCACACUCCAACAUUGUAGCAAUCUACAACCACAAUAUACAAGACAAAGGGGCAGUAGCUGUUAAGGAUCUAAUGCAGAAUGCAGUCUGGACUGCUUACUGUUAACACCCUAAAGAAGACCCUUAAUCUGCACUCCAUAAGUACAUCAUGAAUGUCUGCUUUCCCUAUCUCCCACUGCUUUAAAGACGAAGAGGAAGUGUGCAAGAAUCAAAAAGGCUCAUCAAAAUGAGCAGCACAGACGCAGUCUCCACCUGUCCGUACAGCAACACCACUGUGGCCCCUGAAAAAACGAAUGUAUCCUGUGUGAACUUUACAUCCUUCAUGGUGCUCACGGACAGCCAGAAAAUUAUCGUCUCCUCAAUCUGUUUUCUCGUGGGGCCUCUCACUCUCCUGGAGAACUUGUUAGUCUUGUGCCUGAUCUUCUCCUCCCCGUAUCUGAGAAGAAAGCCCUCUUAUCUGUUCAUCAGCAGCUUGGCUUUGGCCGAUCUGUUUGCCAGCAUUUUUUUCGCCUUCUUCUUUGUGGAAUUCCAUGUGUUCAAGAACAUGGUCUCCACAUCGACGUUCUUGUUCAAGCUCGGAGGAGUCAUCAUGGCCUUCACUGGUUCCUUGGGGAGCUUGUUACUGACAUCUAUUGAUAGAUACAUAUGCAUCCACAAACCUUCUGAAUAUAAGACCAUCAUAACCCGGAAGAACGCUUUUAUUAGCCUCGCUGUGUUGUGGACGACCAUAGUCCUCAUCUCUUUCCUGCCUCUCAUGGGAUGGAAUUGUAGCACGCUGAAUUCAGUAUGCUCUGAAUUGUUCCCUUGUGUGGAUGAAACGUACUUAGCCUGCUGGCUAGCGUUUGUGAUUUCCUUGCUAGUUUUCAUAGUCUACGCUUACAUUCACAUCCUCUGGAAAGCACACAAGCAUGCUGUAUACAUGGAAAAGCAUGUGAUCCAAAGCCAAAGAGGUAAAGCCAGAAUGAGGAUGGACAUCCAACUGGCCAAGACGUUUGGUGUGAUUCUGGCCAUCCUGGUCAUUUGUUGGUCCCCUGUCCUGUCCUUCAUGUUUGUAGAUCUGUUCUCCAAGCUGGACAACAACCUGAAGAUGGUGUUUGCAUUCUUCUGCACCCUGUGCUUUGUGAACAGCACGGUCAACCCGCUGGUCUAUGCCCUGAGGAGCAAGGACAUGCGGCAAGUUCUCCUGGGGGCUGUGGCCCGGUGUCGUGGUCAAGCAACGUUCUUCUUGAGCAGUGUGGAGUCUGAUGGGCAACAGAAGUCAAUCCAUCCAGACACUGUCUGCGAAUUGGUUGAGGUACCGUCACUCACAGACUGCAGAAAAACCUGAAGACCAACCUCUGUUACAAAUGUGUACUAUAGUUCUGCCAGAUAUCCACAUAAUGCUAAAGUAUUGCAAAAUUAUAACUGUGGCAUAACUCUUAAAGGGAAAAUCUGUCUGUUUGUUUUUUGUUUUGUUUUUCCCCUGGUUUAUAAAGUAAAUACCUUUCACAGGUUUACAGAACUGGAUUCAUUUGACAGUAACACUUUAUGUCAAUGGGACACUAUGGUGCAUUCAUAGCACCUUCAUAAGGACCAAGGAAAAUUGUAUAGCUUUUUGCAUAUACUGUUAAAAUCGUCAUAAGCCAUCAACCACUUACAAGUAUUGGAAUGAGUAUUCAUACAUUUUGUUGUGUGUUAUCACAAAAUGUGUUAUUUUAAUGUUAUAAAAUUGGAUUAUUUAAUAGUUUUAAACACUUAUUGUAUUACAUUUUAUAAACAAUUUAGGAAGGCACGAUCGAAUCUUACAUAAUGUCUAAUUCAAACUAAGCGUUUUGUACAUACCUCUUAGGUAAAACAUUAUUAAUUCACUGUAAAUAACAGGUUUACAAUAAGUAAAUGUACAGUCUAAUCAAAUGAUAACCAUCUUUAACCAUCUUGUCUAACAGACUAACAUGCAGCCAACUCCAAUACUAUCCUCUUACUAGUCUUUCAAAUUCCUGUAUUGCCCUUUAGUACACAGAAUGCACAUACAAACUAAACAACUUUGAUAAUGCGCCUGUAUUAUAAUUGCUUGUGACUGUUGCCUAUAUGUUGAAUAACUUGUUUAUCACUAUUUGAAGGCAAUGGUUUGUUCUUAAUAUAUGAAUAUGUUUUCCUUUGAGAGAUUCGUGAGAGACAAAACAUUGUAUUAUUAAUAUCACACAGUGAAUUUCUUUUCCCUACAAAACCAAUAGCUGGACUGAUGAACGGACAGCCAAACACCCCCCUAUAUCCCCCAAAUAUGAUACUCUCAAUAAUGUAUCCAAAAUAAUGUUAAUACCAAAUUUCAUGACAAUUGCAUAAGCGAUUCUGCAAAUAUAUGGAAAACUGUGUGACAUACAGUACAUAGGUACACCCGCCUCCACUAUCUCCAACCAUCACAGCAGAUUAUAAUAAACCCAGCCUUGACACAAGCAAUAACUAGUCCAGCACACUAACUAGCACACAUGGGAUUGGACAGCCCUCAGGACAACACCUCCACACAUUCAGCCUUCCAGCAACCUUCCUUAAACACUGCAGCCUACAUAGUCCAUGGGCUGUGAUUCGUCACACACAGUGAGCUGUCUCAGUCGAACCAAGAGAUUUGCAUAUUCAGGCUGCUUGUUGAUGAUUGAAUGGUUUAAAAUGCUGAUUUUCCACCUCACUCUUUGCAUUGUGUAAUUUAGCUUGUAAACGACUGGCAAUUAUGGGAUCUGUAGAGUGAUAAGACCUGGCCUGUGUGAUUAAAACCAGUGAACAAAAGGAAAUAAUGUACUGUUUUGGGGGGAAAAAGAUUUAUGUGAGUUCUGACAUCUGGAGGUUUCGGUUUGAAUCCAGCUUACUAUAAAUCACAAAUAAAGUGAAUUUGAUGGUAUCGUGUCCUUAUAGUAACAUUUUAUUAGGAAUUAUUACAGUACCUAUAACUACCUACAUUUUAUAUUUUGUAAGCCUUUCAAACUGCCAUCGCAAGACAUGUUAUUAACUUAGUAUUGCUGCUAUAC